CUGUGGCAAUGUGGAGUAUCAACUUCACACAGAUCGAGCAGGAGACGCAACAGUAGUGGAAGAGAAACUUUCUUACAUUGUGUUUUACCAAAGAGGAGUUUGCGAAUUGUUUUGAUGAAAUAUGCGGAGAAGUCUGGAAAACCGGGUCAUGAAUACCUGAAUGCGAGACGAUAAACUGUUGGAAGAGUUUGGGAUUCGCCUCGUACGAGUCAUUGGACGCGUGCGCGAACUCAAGGGAUAUCAAACUCCUGCACGAGCCCGAUUUUCGCAGAAUAAAGCGAUCAAUGAUGGCGGUGCGGGGAGUCACUCCGUGCGUUCGGGAGGCGCGCUGCGCGUUCACCACGCUUUUGUUGCUCGUGUUGUGUUCCGCCCAGUAUCACGGAGAAAAGGGCAUCUCCGUACCCGAACACGGCUUUUGCCAACCCAUAUCUAUUCCACUGUGCACGGACAUUCAGUACAACCAAACCAUCAUGCCAAAUCUCCUGGGGCACACCAACCAGGAGGACGCUGGACUGGAGGUGCACCAGUUUUACCCGCUGGUAAAAGUCCAGUGUUCUCAAGAUUUGAAGUUCUUCCUCUGUUCGAUGUACGCACCGGUGUGUACGGUUCUGGAACAGGCCAUACCGCCCUGUCGGUCGCUGUGUGAACGUGCGAGGCAAGGAUGUGAGGCUCUCAUGAACAAAUUCGGUUUCCAGUGGCCGGAGCGCCUUCACUGUGAGAACUUUCCAGUGCACGGAGGUGGAGAAAUCUGCGUGGGACAGAACAAAUCAGACCCCGACGUCCCCACCACAGACCCCGCGCCAUAUAUACCGCACCCCUUUACGCCACGCAUGAAUGCGGAACGCCCGAGUCAGGCAUUCGCCUGUCCUCUUCAACUUUCAGUUCCUUCCUACCUCAAUUAUCAGUUUUUGGGUGCGAAAAACUGCGGGGCCCCCUGUGAGCACAAGCAGCCACAUGGGCUUAUGUACUUUAAGGAGGAAGAGGUCCGAUUCGGUCGGCUCUGGGUAGGAAUCUGGGCCAUCCUGUGCUGUGUGAGUACCCUGUUCACGGUUCUCACGUACCUUGUCGAUAUGCGCCGGUUCAGUUACCCGGAACGCCCAAUCAUCUUUCUCUCCGGGUGUUACUUCAUGGUGGCGCUGGCUUACGCGACUGGCUUUCUCCUGGAGGAUAAGGUGGUCUGUAUUGAUAAGUUCAGGGAUGAUGCGUACAAGACUGUGGCCCAGGGAACGAAAAAAGAAGGCUGCACCAUUCUCUUCAUGAUUUUGUAUUUUUUUGGCAUGGCCAGUUCAAUUUGGUGGGUCAUCCUGUCUCUCACCUGGUUCCUCUCUGCUGGAAUGAAAUGGGGGCAUGAGGCUAUCGAAGCCAAUUCCCAAUAUUUCCACCUGGCUGCCUGGGCCGUUCCCGCCAUUAAAACCAUCACCAUCCUCGCUUUGGGACAGGUGGACGGGGACCUCCUGACCGGCGUGUGCUACGUUGGCAUCUACAACGUAGACGCGCUGCGUGGAUUUGUUCUCGCCCCCCUUUUUGUUUACCUCUUCAUCGGAACGUCUUUCCUUCUGGCUGGAUUUGUCUCUCUGUUCCGAAUCCGUACCAUCAUGAAGCACGACGGCACCAAGACGGAAAAACUGGAGAAGCUCAUGGUGCGCAUCGGGGUUUUCAGCGUCCUCUACACCGUUCCGGCCACCAUCGUCAUCGCCUGUUACUUCUACGAGCAGGCGUUUCGUGAGCAGUGGGAAAAAACCUGGCACAUGCAGACCUGCAAGCGCUUCGCGGUUCCGUGCCCGCCCAACAACUUUGCGCCCAUGACGCCUGAUUUCACUGUGUUUAUGAUCAAGUACCUCAUGACAAUGAUCGUAGGAAUCACAUCAGGAUUUUGGAUCUGGUCUGGAAAAACGCUACAGUCCUGGCGCAGGUUUUACAAGCGUCUGGGUAACAAUCAAGGGGAGACAACGGUGUAAACCAGACUUUAUAGACUGCAUUUGAGAAACACAGGUCACUAUCGGAAGGAGCUGCAGUUAGGUCAUGUGCAACACUACAUCAUGCUGAUGGUUAAAGACACUUUGUGUGAGCCCAGCGUGAUGCUUUUCCCAUUUCAAGUAAUGUGUUAUGAUAAAAUGAAAUGUGCCAAGACACUUAUAACAUGAAAAGCACAACUCCAAAGAAUAUGCAUUUUUCGAAUGGACUACAUUUUUAAAAGAUGUUUUUAAAGCCUUAUGCCUUGUUAAGAGCUAAUUAUGUUAUGUAAAUGACGAUUUAAUACCCGUUUCAUAUGCAUGUGGGAUCUAUAUGGCUGAGUUUUGUUAUCAAGAGGUUUUCACAUCCCACAGCGGCCAAAAAUGUCUGCAAUGUAGUCUUGUGCCUUGCAGUACCUGUCAAUUUCCAUUGUUGAAUGUCUGUCUUGUUUUCUACCACAAUUUUUGGCAAUUUUCCUCAUAAAUUACAUAUUUUAGUAUAUCUCAGUACAGAUGGCCAUUUAUUUAGAUUUUAGUAGUUAAAUUGAAUGGUCACAAGUUGCUUAUUCAUCCACGUUUUUAUAUGAACUCGUGUCUCAUGAAGUAAUUUAACACUCCGGUACGUAUAGUGGUCGACGGGAUUAUAAAUGUUUAGAAGAGAAGUACAUGGUACCAGAUUUCAUUUUUUUGUAAAUAUCACAAUACUGUCAAAAGACGUAUGAUGUAUUUAAGCAGAUAAAUUGCAGGAUUAUGGCCUUUUCCACAGUUUCACUUAAUAAAGUGAUUAGAUUUUUAAAAAGCUGUUUCGAUUGGCCUGCUUUUAUUUUUACAAAUGGUGUCCUGUGUAGUUUCACACAGACAGACGUCAACAUUCUUUCCACCAAACAGUUGUUAGCAAGUAAUCAAAGCCGUUAGCGGAAUAAUUUACUACAUACCGUCAGGAAAAAGUUUAAACUGGGGCAGUACCGUUACAAAAAGUACAUCUUUGCACCUGGAGAGUUCACAUUACUGUACCUUAAUGAUACAUAUUGGGACUUUUUAAAAGGGUACCGUCCCAGUGACAAGCUAAGAAAACAAAAGGGUAAUGAGAGAGUAAACAUUGCUGCAACAAAAAGAAGAAACAAAGUGAUCCUUCGUGCUUUAAAAUAACAGGAUAUAAUCAGAGAUGGUGUGAGGUUUGCCACCCUGCCUCUGGGACAGCAGGAAGUCCUAAGAUGUACCAAAACAUAAGAUCCCUUCCUCUCCGGAUGAAACUGGAUCUUGUUUCAUUCUUUAGGUGAGGGGAAACGCCCCAUCCCUUGGCCCCUUCUGUUUUUCAGGGGGUUGUUUUUCUGUUGGGGCAUUCGGAGGGUGGUGUUUUUAGGGGGUGGUGUCACACUAUCCGUACACGCUGAAGGAGGAAUCUAGGCUAUUUGUAUUUGAAAUACUGUGUUUGAAGGAUUUUCCAAUGCGACAAAAAUACCCCUGCAAAGCCAAUCCGUGUUUUAAAACGCUAACAAUGUGCACGGCUUAAAAAUGGAUAUGGAGCGUACAUGAAAUUUUCCUGUGUAAGGUGAUCUUUUUGUGCAGGUAUGUGUGUGUGUUAUUGGAUGUGUUUGCACAAGUGCCUCUGGGGAUGUGAAGUGUAAAUUUCACAGCAUGUGCAGCCAAGACUUGUCCAUCAAUCGGAUAGACGGUUGGGUUUAUGGAAUUUUUUUCAACAGUGUAAACCGUCCGCGCACACACAUUAUAUGUAGGUUUACUGCGGUAUAUGGGUCAUUCUUAGAAAUCUGCUAUUUGUAUGUUGUUUUUUCUUGAUUUAUUACCUGUAUACUUAACAGAAUACGGAAGAAAGUCAUGUUAUUUAUUG